AUGAAGCUAUGUGAGCGUGAGAUGAAGCUAUGUGAGCGUGAGAUGAAGCUAUGUGAGCGUGAGAUGAAGCUAUGUGAGCGUGAGAUGAAGCUAUGUGAGCGUGAGAUGAAGCUUUGUGAGCGUGAGAUGAAGCUAUGUGAGCGUGAGAUGAAGCUUUGUGAGCGUGAGAUGAAGCUAUGUGAGCGUGAGAUGAAGCUAUGUGAGCGUGAGAUGAAGCUAUGUGAGCGUGAGAUGAAGCUAUGUGAGCGUGAGAUGAAGCUUUGUGAGCGUGAGAUGAAGCUAUGUGAGCGUGAGAUGAAGCUUUGUGAGCGUGAGAUGAAGCUAUGUGAGCGUGAGAUGAAGCUAUGUGAGCGUGAGAUGAAGCUAUGUGAGCGUGAGAUGAAGCUAUGUGAGCGUGAGAUGAAGCUUUGUGAGCGUGAGAUGAAGCUAUGUGAGCGUGAGAUGAAGCUAUGUGAGCGUGAGAUGAAGCUUUGUGAGCGUGAGAUGAAGCUAUGUGAGCGUGAGAUGAAGCUUUGUGAGCGUGAGAUGAAGCUAUGUGAGCGUGAGAUGAAGCUAUGUGAGCGUGAGAUGAAGCUAUGUGAGCGUGAGAUGAAGCUAUGUGAGCGUGAGAUGAAGCUAUGUGAGCGUGAGAUGAAGCUUUGUGAGCGUGAGAUGAAGCUAUGUGAGCGUGAGAUGAAGCUUUGUGAGCGUGAGAUGAAGCUAUGUGAGCGUGAGAUGAAGCUAUGUGAGCGUGAGAUGAAGCUUUGUGAGCGUGAGAUGAAGCUAUGUGAGCAUGAGAUGUAA